AUGGGGAACAAACUGGAAUCAUUAAAAAAACAUGUAUUUCGGCGCCGUGAAAAAAAACACACUUAUUCUCGUUUUCAAAGGGAUCAUUUGGAGCAACUUCCUAUGGAUAAAUUAACAACAAUUAAUCGUAUUACACAAGAGCUUGAUCCACUAGUAGUGUCUACCACAACAAUACAAACAACGGAUUCAUCAGAUGAUUAUGCCGAUUUUUAUGUGGCAUGUCGUGACAAUAACUAUAAGAAAGUUCAAGAGUUACUUCGAACAAUGACACUUGAUGAUGUAGAUCGUUUGGAAACAAACGGUAGUACAGGACUGCAUGCUGCAUCUUAUUAUGGUCAUGCUAGAAUUGUUAAAUUAUUAUUGAAAAAAGGAGCUGACAGAGCAAUAAAGAAUAAAUAUCAAUGUUUACCGUAUGAUGAAGCAGCGAAUGAUGGCAUUAAAGAACUUUUUCUUCGCGUACCAAAUAGUAAUCGACUUGUAUCGGAUACUGGUGCUAUUGAAUGA